AUGCCGCCUCAGAUUGAGUCGCCUCCCUCGCAAGCAGGCGAUGCACCUGCUGCGAGCGCAAAAGGAAAUUUGAGCGAUGGUCCUCCGAGCAAAACCCACAUUUACUUCGGCCCAGUCUCGGGCACAGCGCCCGCGGGAGUCGCCGCCGUCUCGGACGUCACUGGCGAAGUGGAUACGGGAUCAGGCGGCCAGGAAGUCGAGGCCGAGCCGGCUGUUCAGAGACACCAGGAGCUGCUGAAACGCUUCGAGAUCCAGCAGAAGGCUUCGAACUUCCAAGCUGUCUGCCCGACACAUGAUCGAACCGUCAAAAAAGUUCUGCGUGCGCUCGGACACCCGAUCUGUCUCUUUGGCGAAGGCCCCUUCGAGCGGAGACAGCGCCUGAAGCUUCUCUUUGCCGAAGGCGUGACACUGCCCCAGGAAGAGCUGCAAAAGUUCACUUUGGAAGACGAGUCUUUGUCUCGGGCAAAGCGCGCGGGAAUCGAAGAGGCGGCAGCAGAAGAUGUGGCAGACGGCAACGAAUUGUUCUUCACGGAAGGCUCGCCGAGUCUCCUUGAAGCCCGUCGGUUUCUACUCGAAGACAGCGUGCGGCGCUCGCGGCUGCGUCUGCGCCAAGAGCAGCUCCUGAAGCGAGACGUGCCGAAGCCUGUGUCUCUCAAGUCGCAGGCAGCCCUCCUCCUCUCGCCGUCCGCCACGCUCUCUCCGCUUCCGAAACGCUCCGUGCUUCGGAGUCUCUGCCGGUUCUGUUCGCACCUGCAAAACCAACUGGCGGUGCGCGCGUCUCAGGUCGGCGACGAUCGUCCCCUCACCUGCUGCAGGUUUUCUCCCGGCAGUUCCCGUCUUUUGCGUUUCGUCCUCGCGUCGCCAGAACGUGCAGACGUGGAGGGCGACGUGGAGACAGAGGCGGCACCCUUGAAGCGCGUGAAGACCGAGCCGACCGAGUCGGACAUGGACGAGGCAAGAAACGCGUGGGAGGAAGACGAAGGCGUGCGUUUCUGCGGAGAGAAAAGGCAGGACCUGAACGAGGACCCUCUCUUGCUCCAGUCGUGGGGAGGCGACUCCCAGUUCCUCGCAACCAGCAGCUGGAAUGAAGUCGUCAAGCUCUGGUCAGUCCAAGACGGCGAACUGCUGCAAGAGCUACGCGGCCACACGGGACGCGUCCACGCACUCGCGUGGAGAGACACUCCAGAGGGAGAGGCCCCAAGAAGCAGCGACACAGCCCAGAAGGGCGGCGUUCCGCUCCUUCUCGCCAGCGGAGGGGCGGAUGGGGCGAUCUGCUUGUGGGACAUUCACCGCAUGCACACGCGCAGUUCGGGCCUUGAAUCCUCAGCAAAGACUCCACACAGCAACCAGAACAGUCGCGAUCUGCUGGUCUUCCAGCUGGAGGGACACGAAGACCGCGUCAACCGCCUGGCCUUCCAUCCCUCCGGGAGGUACUUGGCGUCCACGUCUCACGACGAAACGUGGAGAUUCUGGGACAUCGAGACUCAGCAAGAACUUCUCCUGCAGGAAGGUCAUGCUGCGGCGGUGUAUGGCGUGUCUAUACACCCGGACGGCUCACUGAUUGUUACCACCGAUCUCUCGGGCAUUGUCCGUGUCUGGGACUUGCGAACCGGCCGGACAGUUAUGCCUCUCGUGGGGCACGUGAAGCAAGUCGUAUCGGCUUCCUUCCAUCCCAUAAUGGGAAAUAUCGUAGCCACAGCGUCGGAUGACCACUCAGUGAAGAUCUGGGAUCUGCGCAAGGGCAUGAGCAAACAAUCGCAAGGCGCGUCCGCUUCGAAUAACGGCCCUCAACCGGGCGGGAGCCACAGUAACAAACCGAGUUCAAACAUAAUCACUACUGUUCUCGCACACAACAAACUGGUCACAGAAGUGCUGUUUGAGCCUAUAUAUGGGAGGUGUAUGUACACCUCAUCUUUUGACGGCCUCGUGAAAGUCUGGAGCGUGAACGACUUUGCCUGUCUGAAAACGCUGGCAGCUCACGAGGGCAGAGUGAUGAGCAUGGACGUCAUGAAAGGAGGAGAAAUCCUGGCCAGCGUUGGCUUCGAUCGCACCUGGAAGCUGUGGAAAUGCGGGAGCCAUUUCUAUGCGUCGAGCCCGAAAACCGAGAAGUCAGAACCACGCGAGACAAAAAGCGAGGCGGAGCAAGAAAAGUAG